UCUGCGAGGUGAAUGUCGAAAGGGAACACAGCAGUGGUGUGGUGUGAUCAUAUAAGAGGACUCAAAGACACGUUAUUGUUAAAGGAAUCUAGGCUGUUCAGCCUAAUAUUAGAGGCGCAAGGCUACUGAGCGUGUUGUUAUUUAGUAUUUUUGAAUUUUUGUGGAACUGAGGAGGUCCAAUGGCUGCUAUCCGAAAGAAGCUGGUGGUGGUCGGAGACGGUGCCUGCGGCAAAACUUGCCUGCUCAUUGUCUUCAGCAAAGAUGAGUUUCCCGAGGUGUAUGUGCCCACGGUGUUCGAGAACUACGUGGCAGACAUCGAGGUGGACAGUAAGCAAGUCGAACUGGCACUGUGGGAUACAGCGGGACAGGAGGACUAUGACCGCCUUCGGCCCCUGUCUUACCCAGACACCGACGUUAUCCUCAUGUGCUUCUCCGUCGACAGCCCAGAUUCCCUAGAAAACAUCCCAGAGAAAUGGGUUCCGGAGGUUAAGCAUUUUUGCCCUAACGUGCCAAUUAUUUUAGUUGCCAAUAAGAAGGACUUAAGAAACGAUGAAAAUGUCAGAAACGAGCUCGCCAGAAUGAAGCAAGAACCGGUGAAAACUGAGGACGGCCGGGCAAUGGCCGUGCGCAUCGGUGCUUACGACUACUUGGAAUGUUCAGCCAAGACUAAGGACGGCGUGCGGGAGGUUUUUGAGACGGCCACGCGUGCGGCACUGCAGAAAAGGUCAAGACCCUCCGGUGGGUGCGUGAAUUGCUGCAAACUGUUAUGAUCUGUGACCAAAAAACUUUUUUACUGAAAAACUCCUGUAAUCCUGUACGACGAGAAUUCGUCUAUUUACGUCAGCCGGUGCCAAGAUUCAAGACACGGACAAAGGAAGCUCUUCAAGUUUUAGAGAGCCUGUCUUCUUUGUGUUUAGUGUGGAGUGAUUGAUACAUGCCAUUUUUAGGGGACACGCAGGGUCUCACCCCAUGUGUGACUCCCUGACUAUAUUGGAUAGGCGACGGCAUGGAUUAAUUAGGUGGGUUUGGGAGGCUACGGCGCAGACACAAGAAGAGGGGGACAGUGGUGUUGAUGUUGUGUAGCUGCCCUCGUAUUACUUUAUACGGCUUUCAAACGCCCUUCGGCACUGCAUUAAGCCAUCUAUUGCCAUGCGAGUGUGCUUUCGGAUACUCAAAAGGUGGACACUUUUUGGAAACAGUUUUGUCAACAACAAUUUUUGUCAACUGAUGUAUCAGUGGACUCUGAAGGGGGUGAAUGCGCUGCUGUACUAUGCAACAGCCAUUUGAAACGCAGACGACUGUUCUUUUGUUGUAUGACUGAUCAUGAUGGGUAGACAGAAAAAAAAGCUAAAGAAAUAUGAGGUGAAAGUGUUCACUGCUCUGCACUGUGUUCAGCUACAAUCACCUUGCUUACAUUUAUACGCACAGACAGACGUCUCAACACAUACCGGCCUCGAAUUUUAGAGAAUUAAAUUAGUUGCGAUUGAGAGACAGAAUUCUUGUGUUGACGGCUUUGUUACAGUAAAGCAUUUUUUAUUUUGCACUGGGCCUCAAUGCAAUAUCCGAUCGGACAACGUGAGCAUUUAAAAUGUGAUAUAUAAAUUGAUAAAGUGUGUAGUUUUGUCGUCUAUCUUUAGACGUAAUGGUCGGAGUGAAGUUGACACACAAAUGCACUGUAUUCAACUGGGGUUUUCGAACGAAGUGCCCGUUUGUGUUAUGUUAACGUUACAUUCUCUGUUUUUGAGGAGGUUCAUGAUCUGUUCCAACACUAAAUUUAUAUGCAAGUCAAUGCCUGUGGCACAAUGAUAUUUUGUCUCAAAAGACUGACCUAAUCCAAUUUCAAAUGUAGUCAGCAUUAUGUUUACAAUUACCCCACAAAUAUCCGAGCUGUAUGAACAUUUUGUUGCACAAAAAUAAAGAAGUAUUUCAUGUUUUAAGUUCAA